CAGGUGAUCGUGGUGGCCUGGGUGUUGUGUUUGAAUAUCCGUGACAAAGAGUCGCCCAACGUUAGGCCAAGGUUCGGAGCAUUGAUAAGUGAGAUGACAUGAUGGUACGAACGUUUCGGAGGUGAGGCAGCCAUGAACACUGUUCUAUAGUAGCUAAGGGCGUCUUGUGGAGAUCGAAGAUUUGAUGAUAGUUGCUUGAAGUCAAAUCCACGGGCCAUAUCUUCGAAUGCGUCCUUUUUAUUGAAGAGAAGUAUAAAUCCAACACGAUUAAGAAGUUCAUUUUGCACCAGCCUUUCGAAGAUAUUGAUCGUUUUGUUUUUGAGAUGACCCGUAUAGAAGGCAUUAUCACAUAGUUCGCAAAGAUCGAUCAGGAAUACGACGACAGAGGUAUUUCGAAAGAAGUCGCUCCAUCGUCGUCGGAAAAUCCUAUGUCCCGGCAGUUCCAGCACAGCACCUAUUUGUAGUUGUAGGGCAUCGGGAGGAUACGUUUCUUUCGUUGGCAUUCUUCGAGUAAUGAAGUGCGAGAAACGGCCAACAGACUGGCGACCACUUUAUCACUGA